UUCACUAGCGACAGCAGCAGAGCACAGCCGAAAAAGGCUGAGAUCCCAGCAGCAGUCACCUUGGUGCUGCUGCAGGUAACGCUCCACUGAAGACAAGAUGACCAUCCACUGCAUAAAACAGUUUUAGAUUAAAGAGCUGUGAGGUCAUGGCAGCUGCCAGUGUAAGCAGACCUGGCAGUGCCCAGACCCCUGAAAAGUCUCAGCUGAUCUUAAAAGUGGUGUCAGCGAAGCCUCAGUCUCCCAAGCUGCCUAACCGUCACUCACGGCUCAGCUCCUUUGUGGAGGUGACAGCUGACGGUCUGACCAGUGAAACCAAAAAAACAGGCAAACGCAGCGGACACCUGGAGCUGCAGUGGAAUGAAGACCUCACCCUUAAUGUGACGCCUCAGAGUCGCCUGGAUCUGAAGCUGUGGAGCUGCCACACCCUGAGGAAGGAGCUCCUGGGCAGCACAACCAUAGACCUGCUGGACACACUUCGCACACACGAUGGCAAGAUGGAGAACGUCCAGUUGAGUCUGGUGCUGCAGACGGAGAACAAAGGCUCGGUUGUAGCAGGAGGAGAGCUCAACGUCUGUCUGGACGGCAUGGUUGUUGAUCUAGGCUCACUGCCCAAUGGCAGCACAGCGGCAGACAAGAUACUGCAGUCAGACAGACCAAACCUGAGGAGGACACAGAGUGAGGAGACUCCCAGCACAGCGGGGCCUAACAGCAGGAGUAAUCGGCACUCAGUGGGGGGUUCACAAGGCGGCUCCCCUGGGUGCACCAGAGGGGUUUCCUUGACUAACGGUGAGCUGAAUGAGGAGCAGAACACAGGGCCUGGCUCAUCCAGUCGCCUUCGGUCUUCCAAGAGUCACAGCAGCCCUGGAAGCAGUGCAGGUACUCAAGACAAAGUUGAGUUGACAUCUAAUGGGCUGGAGAACAGCCGCGGGGGUGUGGCCCGCCACACACCUCCUCCACCCUCACCAUCAGGUCGAUCCCCGGCAGCCAGCAGCAGCAGCAGCAGCCCCUCUCCAGGUCAGGAUGCCCUGGGUCUGGCUGCCCCGCCGGAGCCUGGCUCUAACACCGCCUCUAAUAGCGACCAGGCCAGCAACAGCACUACAGAAUCCAGUACAGACUCACUCCCGGCAGGCUGGGAGCAGAGGGUGUUGCCUCAUGGCCGAGUUUAUUAUGUUGACCACAACACCAAAACAACAACCUGGGAGAGACCACUGCCACCAGGCUGGGAGAAGCGAGUGGACCAGCGAGGCAGGUUUUACUAUGUGGAUCACAACACCAGAACCACCACAUGGCAGAGACCAACCGCCGAGUCUGUGCGAAACUACCAGCAAUGGCAGAGCCAGCGUAACCAGCUGCAGGGCGCCAUGCACCAGUUCAGCCAGCGCUUCCUCUACCAGCCGUCUGGUGCACCGGUGGAAAAUGAUCCUCUGGGCCCGUUGCCUCCUGGAUGGGAGAAGCGUCAGGACAAUGGCCGAGUGUACUUUGUCAACCACAACACGCGAACGACACAGUGGGAUGAUCCUCGGACCCAAGGGAUGAUCAAGGAGCACCCCCUGCCCCCAGGCUGGGAGAUGAAGUACACCGCAGAGGGAGUCCGAUAUUUUGUGGACCACAACUCGCGCACCACCACCUUUAAAGACCCCCGACCUGGGUUUGAGUCAGGGUCUCGGCAGGGUGGUUCACCUGGUGCUUAUGACCGCAGCUUCAGGUGGAAAUACCACCAGUUCCGUUUCCUGUGCCAUUCCAAUGCCUUGCCCAGCCACGUCAAGAUCUCUGUGUCCAGGCAGACGCUGUUUGAAGACUCAUUCCAACAGAUCAUGAAUGUGAAGCCAUACGACCUCCGCCGUAGACUCUACAUCAUCAUGAGAGGAGAGGAGGGUCUGGACUAUGGUGGGAUUGCCAGGGAGUGGUUCUUCCUGUUGUCCCAUGAGGUGCUGAACCCCAUGUACUGCCUGUUCGAAUAUGCCGGCAAAAACAACUACUGUCUACAGAUCAACCCCGCCUCCUCCAUCAAUCCAGACCAUCUCACAUACUUCCGCUUCAUUGGACGCUUCAUUGCCAUGGCACUGUACCAUGGAAAGUUCAUCGACACAGGCUUCACGCUACCUUUCUACAAGCGAAUGCUGGACAAAAAACCCACGCUGAAAGACCUUGAGUCCAUAGACCCUGAGUUUUAUAACUCCAUCAUGUGGGUCAAAGAGAACAACCUGGAGGAGUGUGGAGUGGAGCUAUAUUUUGCACAGGACAUGGAAAUCCUGGGGAAGGUCACCACCCACCAGCUGAAAGAUGAUGGCGAGAAUGAGUUGGUCACUGAGGAGAACAAGGAAGAGUACAUUGGACUGCUGACAGACUGGAGAUUCACCCGCGGGGUGGAGGAGCAGACCAAAGCCUUCCUCGACGGCUUCAAUGAGGUGGUUCCUCUGGAGUGGCUCCGCUACUUUGACGAGAAGGAGCUGGAGCUGAUGCUGUGCGGGAUGCAGGAGAUCGAUAUGGCAGACUGGCAGAAAAAUACCAUCUAUAGACAUUACACCAAGAACAGCAAGCAGAUCCACUGGUUCUGGCAGGUGGUGAAGGAGAUGGACAAUGAGAAAAGAAUCCGUCUGCUUCAGUUUGUGACAGGAACAUGCCGGCUGCCUGUUGGAGGCUUCGCUGAGCUCAUAGGCAGUAACGGUCCCCAGAAGUUCUGCAUAGACAAGGUGGGGAAGGAGACUUGGCUUCCAAGAAGCCACACAUGCUUCAAUCGUCUGGAUCUGCCGCCCUACAGAAGCCUGGAACAGCUCAGAGAGAAACUCCUGUUCGCCAUUGAAGAGACGGAGGGAUUUGGACAGGAGUGACGCAGAAAAUAAAUGGAGAAAAUUAAAUUCAAUGGGAUAGUUUUUCUUAUUAAUAUAAUUAUUUUGCAUUUGUUUAUCACAGGGCUGAUCACCUGUAGCCCAUCACUUGAGAACAGAUCAUGUCUGUGAACUGAAUCAUGGGAUGAAGGUGGAGGAUGAGUGUGCUUGCAUGUGUGUACACAUAUAUAUGUGGUCAGAUACGUUACCGCCAUUGUGUACAUGCAUAUAAAUGGUGUGUAUAUCUGUGUGAGUCAGAAGGAUGGCACAUAAGGAGAAUUAUAUAUGUUGAGAGGCUCAGCCCCCCACUAUUCCAGCUCGACUCACUGCUUAGAAAUGCACCAAAACCACAAACCAGGAUAGUUUUAAUGUCACAACAGCGGCACAGCCCCCCCUUCAAUGCAGUAUAACAUAUCUACCAGAGAGAAAUAUGUUUCAAAUGUUUAAAGUGACUGAAGAGCGAGAGAGAGAGGCAGCGUGUGUGAGGAUGUGAAUGUGUUUGUGUCUGUGAACAAGAGGCAGGGAGCUGUCAUCACGAAGCAGCACGCCUCAGUGACAGAGGCCGGACAGAUGAGACGUGAUUUUAUUUUUCAUUUUUCAUGUUACUUGUGAAAUUCAGCAUUUUUCUCCUGUACAUAGCUAAAAUAAAUAAGAUUCCAAUCCUGA